UCAAAGUCACCAACGGCCCAAAAACAAAGAAAAAUAAAAAAAAUAAAGAAAAGAGAGAAGAAGAAAAAAAGCAAAUAUUUUCUUCAUUCUUCUGUCACAAUAAACUCUCAUCGAUUUGCUGUUUUGAAUUCUGCCGUUCUGCUGUUCGGGAUUCGAAAGUUUUCGAGUUCGAAUUCUAGGGUUUUUCUUUAAUUCCUGAGUUUAGGAAAAGGUUGUUUCUUGGUUUCUUGGGAAUGGCUGGGAUUUGAAGAAGUAGAAGAGGGUAAAAGAAAAAAUAAUAGAUUUUUGUGAGUUUGUGUGAAUUUGCGGCGAAUAUGAGCGCUUCGAGGUUCAUUAAGUGUGUCACCGUCGGCGAUGGUGCCGUCGGAAAAACCUGUAUGUUGAUUUCUUACACGAGCAACACUUUCCCUACGGACUAUGUUCCAACUGUUUUCGACAACUUCAGUGCUAAUGUGGUUGUAGAUGGGAACACAGUGAAUCUUGGAUUGUGGGAUACAGCCGGUCAAGAAGACUAUAACAGGUUAAGGCCAUUGAGUUACCGUGGUGCUGAUGUAUUCAUUCUCGCAUUCUCGCUUAUUAGCAAGGCUAGCUAUGAGAAUGUAGCCAAGAAGUGGAUUCCUGAGCUCAGGCAUUAUGCCCCUGGCGUUCCCAUUAUCCUCGUUGGAACAAAACUCGAUCUUCGAGACGACAAGCAGUUCUUUAUAGACCAUCCUGGUGCAGUACCGAUUACUACAAAUCAGGGAGAGGAUCUAAAGAAACUGAUAGGAUCUCCAGUUUACAUCGAAUGUAGUUCAAAGACGCAGCAGAAUGUGAAAGCAGUCUUUGACGCAGCCAUAAAAGUGGUGCUUCAGCCACCGAAGCAAAAGAAGAAGAAAAAGAACAAGAACCGUUGCGUGUUCUUGUGAUCAUCUUUAUAAAGUAUGAUUUAGGUAACAAACGAAGCUGAAGAAAAAACAAAACCAGCAUCAAAUGCAGCAGCAAUGUGUAUAGUUGUUGAAUCGGGCUUGUUUCGGUCUUUACACUCUUUUGUUUUUGUUUUUGCUGGUGCAUCUAAUCAGGGAAGUGAGGCCAAGGGGAAGUCUGGUUAAGAGAAAGGGAUGAGUUCCUGGUGUGUUGUUGUUGUACUUUUGCUAUGUAGACUAAUCUCAUACUUUUUUUUAUGUUUUUUGUUUUGGUUAUUGGGAAUACAUUUCGUAUUUUUAACAGAUGAGUUUAAUUAAUUUUA